AUGAAGUUUAUGGAAGCCUCGGAAAAGAGACACGAGGCUACUGAUGCUGCUAUUAAUGAACAAAGAACUUUGGUAAAGAAUCAUCAUGCAUUGAUGGUAGAACAGCAAGCUUUAAUAAAAAAUCAACAAGCCUCCAUUAAUAAUCUUGAAGUGCAACUUGGUCAACUAGCCACUCUGGUUCAUGAGAAGUUGUCCCCGAAAAAUCCUGAAACGAAGACCCAAUCUCAUGUAAUGGCCAUAGAUACUGAAGAAGACACCAUCUCUAAGUUCCUGGAGGCAUUAGGAGAAGAACCACAGCAGCCCGAUCCAAAACCAAAGAAGCCAAAGUUCGAAAGUGAAGAGGUUGUUGAAACACCUACACUACGACGUGGCACAUGUCUGGCCACGACGUGGCCCUUGUCUGAACAAAAAGUGCCUGAGCCCGUUCCGGUUUAUCAACCUCCUUUACCAUUUCCGUCUCGAGCGCAUCUCAGUCCACUGGAAAGGGAACAUCUGGAAUUUAUUCAACAAAUAAAGGGUAUUCCGAUUAAUACCACUUUUAUUGAGACGCUUGCAAAAAUCCCAGAAUACGCGAAGUUCUUACAAGACCUGUUAGCCACUCGGAAACAACUAAAGAAACAUUCUAACGUGAUUCUAAGUGAGCAAAACUCAAAAGCAAUCUUGGGAGAGAUACCUAAGAAGAUGGGGGAUCCUGGACGCCUCACUCUUCCGUGUGAGUUUGAUUUUGUAGUGUUGGAUAUGAAAGAAGAUCCCAAUGUUCCAAUUAUCCUUGGUCGUCCAUUACUUAACACUGAUGGAGCUCUUGCUGAUAUUCGCAAGUCUAAGCUCACCUUGAGGGUUGGUGAUGAAAAAGAAAUUUUUGGGAUAGAAGAUGGCUUUCAAAGGAAUCAUGUUCAAGAAGAGGUGUUCACCAUUAAUGAAGACAAUGAACUUGAAUAA